CAUUAGGGUGUUAUUGUUAAGAGCCCCCCGAGUGGGGCCAGAGUCAGACCCAUACCAUCAGGUUUUCUUAAAUCAUGGUUUGGAAGCAGCCUCAAUCCCAGUACUGAGCUUUGAAUUCUUUGCUCUGGAUGACUUUUACAAAACUUUUAAACAACCUGAGAAAUUUACUGGAAUUAUAUUUACGAGUCAGCGUGCUGUUGAAGCUACUGCAAUGUGUAUGCAACAAUAUGCAGAGGCAGGUUUUCAACAAGAACUUAUGCAGAAAUGGUCUGGAUUACCUGCUUACGUGGUAGGUUCCGCUACAAAGACAUCAGCUGAUAGCCUUGGAUUUACUUGCUAUGGAGAAGAUUGUGGGAAUGCUGAAGAGCUUGCUAAUGUAAUAUGUACAGAGGUGAAGCCGGCAUCUAAACCACUUUUAUUCCCUUGUGGAACAUUGAAACGAGAAACAAUACCUGUGACUCUAGAGUCAAAACAUAUAAAUUACUCUACUGUUGAAGUUUAUAGAACCAUUGCUGACCCAUGUCUAGAAAAUGCUAUUCAAGAUUACAAAAAUGAACAUGGGACACCUGAAUUUGUUGUUUUCUUCAGUCCGUCAGGUGUCAGAUUUGCCACUGCAGCUCUUCUCAAGGUGUACCAGUCUUCAAAGGGAACCAUAAAGCCCGGUAGUCGGCGCCUUCUGAAUGUAAUUCGAGGGGACGAUGGAGUGGAGCAGGCUGAAGAACUGUUGAUCUCACUGUCGGCAGCUGAGAUGUACAUGCAGUCUUAUGGAUACAUGCCGAAAUACAACGAAGAUAACGGCCUAUGGGAGUACAUUGACUGGGAUUCGCCUGCCAUGCGACCAUCGAAAGUGGAGAGCAUUUCGCCUUCAAUAUUAAAAACUAUUUUUAAGAAUACCGUAGCUCCCAACACUGUUCCCAUGAAAGAAUCAUUUGACGACACCCUCAACAGGAUAGAAAAACAUGAUUUUUCACUGCCUAAAGAAAACAAGUACUUCGAGCAAGGACUCAUAGAAUUUCAACGACGAAAUAACUUGAAAGUUACCGGUAAAUUAGACGAAAGAACUGCAACAAUGAUGCGGAAACCACGAUGUGGUGUUCCCGACAAUGAACAACUGAUAAUUUUAGGAAAACACAGCGACGACGGCGACGAGAAUACGACGGCGACGACGACGACGACACUGACGUCAGAAUUUGGAAGUGAUAACAGCACAUUAAACGGAACGUCGAUAUUCUCAACAUCGGUAAGCAACCGCACAUAUAUAGAAGAUGAUGAAUUUACGACCAAUUCCACUGAAUACAACAUCACUGAUGUAAACACGACGAUUGGAUAUAAUACAACAUUCACCAACGGCACUACCGCCGCCAACGUCAGUACAGUGUCGACGACGGCCACCACCACCACGGCGAACACCACGGAUACGACACCAACACCAGGUAGUAAUGACUCCCAUCAAAUGGACAUCCAGAAACCGAGCCGACGGAAGCGGUAUGUCAGACGGUUUCACUCAGCUGGACGUGAAAAACGAGGUACAUCGGACAGCAGCUCCAACAAUGAAGAUCGUCACACCAUUUCCCUCAUCAAUAAGCCCGUUCUUGUUUGGCGACUUGGUCAGGAUGAAGCCGGGUAUGAACCUACUAGAGGAUUGUCAUUCCAAGAACGCAGAGAAGUAAUCUAUACCGCUUUUCGCAUAUUUGACGAAGUUUUACCUAUAGACUUCAUAGAAAGCGUGUCUGGUCAAGGAGAUGUCAACGAUGUCGAUAUUCUAAUUACAUUCAACGGAGCCGGCAUUCCACACUCUACUUGCCAGGUGGUAUUCUACUUCUACGACAACGCCAUAUCGCAUUCCUGGACGCUUACCCAGGGCUCUACGGGAGAAAUACACUUCAACGGCGAGUUUACGUUUUUGAAAUUGGGACAAAUGGCUAAUAUGAACCAGUAUCAUCCAUUCGGCCCGAGAGGUCCAGUACACUUACUUAGCGUUGCCGUGCACGAGAUUGGUCAUGUACUUGGCUUACCACAUGUUGAUGAGUCCGAAAGAAUAUCUGUUAUGAACCAUGUCUAUCAUGGAUGGACCAUGUCAGACUCAAGUAGUGGGGAACUAUCUCGCGAAGAUAGGGACGCAAUUCAAGAUUUGUAUGGAGAAUGUCAAGUACAGAUUGACACGGCCUUCGACUUCAUUCAUAUUGGUAGUCGCGGACAGGUCGUCUUCACUACUUACCUCUUUCAAGACAGACACCAUUGGGUAUACUUUAACUCAGGCGAUCGUCCCAGUUAUGGAUACCCCAAACCCAAUUCUAACUCGGACUGGGCUGGCAUACUAGAUGACGUCAAUAACCUAGAUGCAGCCGUUCAACUAUUCAUAACUGGUACCACUAAUCAGACGUACUUCUUUCACGGUACGACAUAUACCAACUACACAGGCUCUACCGUAACCACGCGACGGAUAUCUGAUGGAUUUCCUUCCCUCCCGGGUUCUUCUCACAGUAUACCAAAUAAUGUUGAUGCCGCUUAUUUCGAUUUUUCUGACAAUGCGAUCUACUUUUUCAAGGCACAAAUGGUGUAUGCCUUCGAUGUCGCUAGAUGGGGAUGUUGUAAGCCUGCUCCGAAGACAGGUCGGAUCCUGAACGCCUAUCGGUAUUCGUUGCCACCUUCUAUCGACGUUGCAUAUCCCUCGCUAUCAUCGUCAAGUGUAUUUUUCGUCAAAGGAUUGGACGUCUUCGAAAGCACUUGGAAUCCGUUUCUAACUAGUAGCGGUAAUGUUCCCCACUCUGUCGUUCCUGUCGGCAAGUUCCAUAACAAUUGGCGAGAUGUAUGCAACGUGGGUGAACUCAGCAUGCAAGGUUCUGUCGUCUGA